ACACACCCACACCACAUUCAAAAAUCACACUUUCAGAUUCACACAUUUUGCAGAGAGCCACACACUUCCAGCAGAAAAUAUGGCAUCCACUCACUGCUUCCUUCAUCACCACGCCCUCGCUUCUCCUUCUGCCGCCAGAUCCUCCUCCGUCCAGCGACCCCAGGUCGCCGCCAAGCCGACCCAGCUUGUCUGCCGAGCCCACCAGAAGCAGGCCGUUCAAGAAGACGAUGGUGGACUCCUGUCUCGCCGAUUAGCUCUCACUGUGCUAAUUGGUGCUGCCGCUGUUGCCAGCAAGGUCUCUCCUGCAGAUGCAGCCUAUGGGGAAGCUGCCAAUGUGUUUGGAAAGCCAAAGACAAACACAGACUUCUUGCCAUACAAUGGCGAUGGAUUUAAACUGAACAUUCCUUCCAAAUGGAACCCAAGCAGAGAGGUUGAGUACCCUGGUCAGGUUCUUAGGUAUGAGGACAAUUUUGAUGCCAACAGCUAUGUCACUGUCACUAUCACUGACACUGACAAGAAAUCCAUCACUGACUUCGGUUCACCCGAGGAGUUCCUUUCUAAGGUGGAUUAUUUGCUAGGAAAGCAGGCCUACUUUGGCAAAACUGAUUCUGAGGGAGGUUUUGAUCCGGAUGCUGUGGCAACAGCAAACAUCUUAGAGACUUCAGCACCAGUGAUUAAUGGAAAACAGUACUACUUCGUGUCUGUGCUGACAAGGACAGCCGAUGGAGACGAAGGUGGCAAGCACCAACUGAUCACAGCCACCGUGAAUGGCGGCAAGCUAUACAUAUGCAAGGCUCAAGCAGGAGACAAGAGGUGGUUCAAGGGAGCUAGGAGAUUUGUGGAGAGCACAGCAAAUUCAUUCAGUGUUGCCUAAAAUAACUUAAUGGGAGGCUGAUCUGUGUGUAAAUCCUGUGAAAGUGCUAAUGUAUCUUUAAGGUUUGAUUGUCUGGCCCACCCUGCUUGUCUCCUAAGUUCUAUUAACCCGAGGGAGUUGGUUGGCUUAAGUAUAUGAAUGCUUUAAAAAAAAAAUCAUGGCGCUUAAGGACUUAUAGAGUCUGUCCUUUUACCCAUUGUC